GUCAGAAUAAAAAGAAACGGAACCUCAGAUGGGACAUCUCACUAUGGAGCCGAAGACUGUGACUCUCCUGAUGAUAAUAAGCCUUCAUGGAGCGACGGCAGUGACUCACUCUCUGAAGUAUUUCUUCACUGCGUCCUCUGGAGUCCCAAACUUCCCAGAGUUUGUGGCUGUUGGGUUGGUUGAUGAUAUUCAGAUAGAUCACUAUGACAGUAACACCAGGAGAGAUGAACCCAAACAGGACUGGAUGAGCAACGCCACAGCAGAUGAUGCUACGUACUGGCAGAGGCAGACUGAGGUCUGUUUGGGCAAACAGCAGGCCUUCAAAGCCAACAUUGAAACAGCAAAACAGCGCUUCAACCAGACUGGAGGUGUCCACAUUGUCCAGAGGAUGUACGGCUGUGAAUGGGAUGAUGAGACCAAUGAGGUCAAAGGUUAUUUUCAAGAUGGUUAUGAUGGAGAAGACUUCAUAUCAUUUGACCAGAAGACAGAGACAUGGAUCGCUCCCAAACCACAGGCUGUCAUCACCAAACACAAGUGGGAUAAUAACAGAGCUGAGAUAGCACAGGAAAAGAACUACCUGACUCAGAUUUGUCCUGAGUGGGGGAAGAAGUAUGUGAACUACGGGAGGAGCUCUCUGAUGAGAACAGAGCGUCCCUCAGUGUCUCUCCUCCAGAAGACUCCCUCCUCUCCAGUCAGCUGCCACGCUACAGGUUUCUACCCUGACAGAGCUUCACUGUUCUGGAGGAGAGAAGGAGAGGAGCUCCAUGAGGACGUGGACCACGGAGAGAUCCUCCCCAACCACGAUGGAUCCUUCCAGAUGAGCGUUGACCUGAAACUUACAUCAGUCCCAGCUGAAGACUGGGGGAGGUACGAGUGUGUGUUUCAGCUGUCUGGUGUGACGGAGGACAUCGCCACCAGACUGGACAAAGCUGUGAUCAGGACCAACCAAGGGGACGCUUCCAUGACAAACACCUACAUCCUCAUUGCAGUGUUUGGUCUUGGUCUUAUUCUUGCUCUCGUCUUCAUCGCUGUGGUGGUUCCCAGAAAGUGCAAAGCCAAAUAUCCGCUCUGAGCUCUCUGAGAAACUGAAUCCUGACUCUGAAUGAUGAACUCAGCGCCUGGUUUAUGGAUCAAUAUCAAGAUCAAGAAGUGUUGGACUACAUUGUCCUCCAUAAACUGUGAACUCAUCGAUUAUUCAUCAUUCAUAUCAUAUCUGAUUGAAUCAGGGUUGGGGAUCUAGUUGUAGAUGCUUAACGAUUGGAAUAAAAGAAAA